CCGAUCGGGUCGGGAUGGCGGCGCCUUGCAGCCCGGAGAGCGGACCGGCGGCCGCGGGGGGGACGGGGCCCCGGGUGUAUUUCCAGAGCCCCCCGGCGGGAGAAGCGGGCCCGGAGGAAGAGGAGGGCCCGGUGCGGCGCCAGGGCAGGGUGACUGUGAAAUACGACCGCAAAGAGCUCCGUAAGAGACUCCACUUGGAGGAAUGGAUCCUGGAACAGCUGACGGUGCUGUAUGACUGCCAGGAAGAGGAGAUCCCAGAGUUAGAAAUCGAUGUUGACGAAUUGCUGGACAUGGAAAGCGAUGAGGCCCGCAGCGCCAGGGUGAAGGAACUCCUGGUGGACUGUUACAAGCCCACAGAGGUGUUUGUAGCAGACUUGCUAGACAAGAUCCGUGGAAUGCAGAAAUUAAGCACUCCGCAGAAGAAGUGAAUUGUCCAUAGGGAUCUUUCACUACUGUAACCACCCCCUCCC